UUCAGUACGAGUCAAGCGGUCUUCAAAGUAUCCAGCAAAGAGAACGCGGUUCUUUUUAAGCGCGUUUUUAUUAAAUUCUACUCAUAUAAUUUAUAAUUUGCGUCGCUAUAUAAUUUCUCCUUGUUUCGUAGAAUCAAACCAAAAUCAAUCAAUCAAUCAAUCGAUCAAUUCAAAUAAACACGUAAAUCAACCACAAUCGAUUUGGAAUUCCGUUGAAUUGGGAUUUAGCCCAAAAAUCAAAAGAACAGUUUCGUUUCGAAAUUUUCCCUUGAACGGAAAUUGGACAUCCUCAGGACAACGCAGAGCAAGUAAGUGCGGCGGUUCCUGGCACAAGACAACUUGGCAACAACUGGUUUGACCCACAUCCACCAAAACAAAGAAAAAAAGGAAGCCAAAGUUCGGGAACAAUUCCUAAAGUGAAAAAGACCUUAACAAAAAUUUCUGAUCUAAGAAACCAUUGGGACACCUUGGAAACCAACUAUAAUUUUCCAAAGAUCUCUAUCUGGACAAAACAUAUGUCUUGUUGAUUUUUUCGGUUCGUUCAAUUCUCAUUCACAAAAUAUCGGAUUGGUUCGUUCAACUAUACAUAUAUGCACUCUAUAUAGACUACAUACGUACGUACGCAUAUAUAGAUUGUCGAUUGACUCUUAAGUUCGGUGUAUAAUUUUUCUCUACUUCGGAAAGUGGAAACCUAUUUUCUACGAAUAUUUUCGCUAUACUCCACCAAGAUCGAAUCGUGGCUCGCUGAACGAGAAAUUAAGGUAUCAUCAGGAGUCAACGUUCUUCAAAAAAUUUUGAUUUAAAAGAAGAAGAAUGAAAAUAAUACAGCGACAAACUAAAGGAGAAAAGAACGAAUUUAAUCAAGAUUAAGGCGCUCACAAACUCAACAACAACAAAUCUACAGUAUUGAAGCAAACCAAACAAAUAAAACUAAAAAAUACAACAAAUAUUGAAUUUUCACAAAGAGAAAAUUCGCCAACAGAAUCCCAUUAAGAAAAGUUGUGGUCUGAUCAUAAAAAGAGUGAAUAUUUUUUAAGAACUACUCUCGCCCGGUUAUUGCUAAGAAAUAUCCGACAGAAAUACAAAGACAAACAAUAAUACCCUCCCCCGCCCCAAACACAAAAUAAACUAAAAGAUAAGCAAUUUUCAUAAAUGGUGUGUAUGUGCAUUUUAUAUAGAAAAUAAGUGUAAGACAACAAAACUAAGAAAACAUUUUUUAAAAGAAAACAAGUCGUAAAACUCCCCACAAAAAAGAAAAAAAAAAAUAUAAAAAUAUUGAUGUUUUAUAUAUUUACACAAGGAUAUAUGAGUGUUUAAGGAUUUUGAGCAAAGACUUUCGUAAUUAAUAAAAACAAAAAAGAGUUGUAUAAGCCCCAACAGGAUCUCACUCACUACCAGUACACCCUUAACACAGACACCCACACACACCCACACACGUUUACAACAAGAAGGACUUCCAACGAUUUUAAGCUAAUCCAAGACGACGAAAUUUUCUGUUGAAAAACCAACACGACAACUUUAAGAACUUUCUUCUUUUUAACAACAACAACAACAAAAAAGCAACAACAAACAUUUCAAUGGUUAACAAAUAAAAGAACUUUUUUUCUUUGCAAAAAGGCCAAAUUUAUUGAAAUUCAUUAUCAACAACAACAAAACAACUUUAAAACUAUUUCUAAGGCAGAAGAAAAAACUAUUUAAAUUUAAAACAAAAAAGCACUGCAAUAAAAGGGUUUGUGACUUUAAUGAUAAUUUUUUAAUAAAAAAAACAGUUUUUAUAAACAAUAAAAAGACAUUUUAUAAAAAACAAAAAAACUAAUUAAACGAAAAAUUCCAAAAAAAGUAAACAACAAUUUUUAGACAAGAGAAUAAAUCAGACAAAUAUAUUGUUAAGAAAAGGUGAUUUUUUUAAAGAAGAAGAAAAGACGUUUCCUUAGAAUCUGUGUGUACUAGAGGCGAGUUUAAUCCGCAUUAAAUUAAAUAUCAACUGGAAGAAAUAUUACACCAAAUUUGAUAUAAAACUAAAUGAAAUUUAUACAAAUUGAGUAAGCAAUCGAGCAGCUAUUAAUUGUACACCAAGUGAAAAAUACAGAUAUUUUAUAUUAUUCCAAAAAAAAACAAAAACAAAAAUCAAGAAAAUUCCAAGAAAAACAAACAAACAAACAAAAAAUCAAGAAAGAAAGUAAUCUUGCAAAUCAACACCACCAAAGAAAACCAACUAUUACAGAGCUAAUUUAAAACAACAACAACAACAAAAAUAUAUAACGAAUUGACAACAACCAACCACAACAACAACCAGAAAAUUUUAAGGAAAACAAACAACAAAAUAAUCAUUUAUACACUUUAAUAGAGACUCAAAAAGGAUUUAAGGAUUUAAAGAUUUUUUGAGUAUAAAUCAACCAAAUGUUCCAUAUUGAAAUACAACAACAGUAACAACAAAAAACAAUUUAUAAAAUUUAAAUAAUUAUAGUCAAAUAAAAGAAAACCAAAUUUACGCUAAACCAAAAAAACCAAAAAAAAAAACUUUUUUGCAUUUUUGCAAUUUUAUAAAACAACAACAACAACAGAAAAAAUAAAUCAUUCCAAAAACAAACUUUUCACCCAUUUCACCAAAACCAAACAACUAAAGGAAAAUCCAAAAAAACAAAAUCAUUAGCAAAAUUUACUCUUUUAACUUUUUAUUAUUAUAACAACAACUAAAAAUUUAAACAAUUUUAAAUAAAUUACCAAACAACAACUCUUAUAAAUUGAUGAUCCAUACAAAGAUCUAAAACUCCAAACUCCAACCAACAAAAUUACCGUGAAAUUUCAAAACAACAUAGAACAGAACUACGCUUUUUUAAAUAAAAAACAAAAACCACAUUUCUUAUAAACUUAACAAGAAUUAAAACAACAACAACCACAACUUGUGCUAAGCACUGAUCUUCAGAGAACAGAAAACGAAAAGCUUCAAGUUUGACUUCAAGUUUGCGUGGACGGGCUCACAUAAAGCCUAAGGCCAUCACAGGAGCCAGUUUUCUCUCAUCGCCCCCCCGGUUCGAAGGAAAUCUUUCAAAAUUACUCUCCAACAGCAACAAACCACCACCAACACCAACAAAAUGACCAAUGCCAUGGACAUUGUUAUCAAAAACGGCAGCACCAAUGGGUCUGUCGAUGGCAACGAUGAAUCUCGCACCAACUUGAUUGUGAACUACUUGCCGCAAACCAUGACGCAGGAGGAAAUGCGUUCCCUCUUCUCGAGCAUUGGCGAGCUGGAGAGUUGCAAAUUAGUGCGCGAUAAAAUUUCCGUGCUGCCAGCUUCGUUGCAGGCCUUGAAUCCAGCCUUGCAGCAAGGUCAAAGUCUGGGCUAUGGUUUUGUCAACUAUGUUCGGCCAGAGGAUGCCGAGAAGGCUGUCAACACCCUGAACGGUCUACGUUUGCAGAAUAAGGUCAUCAAAGUCUCAUAUGCCCGUCCAAGUUCGGAGUCAAUCAAGGGUGCUAACCUAUAUGUAUCGGGUCUUCCCAAAAACCUAUCACAGCCAGACUUGGAGGCGUUGUUUGCACCAUAUGGCAAGAUAAUAACAUCUCGUAUACUCUGUGAUAAUAUAUCCGGUCUCUCGAAAGGUGUUGGCUUUAUACGUUUCGAUCAACGCAACGAAGCCGAACGUGCAAUUCAAGAACUCAACGGCAAGACACCCAAGGGUUAUACGGAACCAAUAACUGUUAAAUUUGCCAACAAUCCAAGCAAUAGCGCCAAAGCUCAAAUCCCACCACCGUUGGCUGCUUAUCUGACACCACAGGCAGCUGCUGCGACUAGACGUCUGACUGCCGGAGCUUUGCCAUCGGCUGGCCGCAUAAGCAUUGGAAAAAGCCCCCUGUUUGCCAUUAACAAGGGUUUACAAAGGUAUUCUCCAUUGGCUGGUGAUCUCUUGGCCAACUCCAUAUUGCCGGGUAAUGCUAUAACGGGUUCCGGUUGGUGUAUAUUCGUCUAUAAUUUGGCACCCGAAACCGAGGAGAACGUCUUGUGGCAAUUGUUUGGCCCAUUCGGUGCCGUCCAAUCGGUUAAGGUAAUCCGUGACCUGCAGACCAGCAAAUGCAAAGGUUUCGGCUUUGUUACUAUGACCAAUUAUGAUGAAGCGGUUGUGGCUAUACAAUCAUUGAAUGGUUAUACUUUAGGUAAUCGUGUUUUGCAAGUAAGCUUUAAGACCAAUAAAACAAAAACAGCUUAAGCAGCUCAUCGACAGCAGCAGCAUCAGCAACUAAACGCAACAAAAACAACUACAACAACAGCAAAUAACAUUUUAAGCAUAAAUGUUGUGGUCGGCCAAAAGACGACUAAAUCAUCGAAGAGUAACAACAACAGCAACAACAAAAUUACAAGACAGAUAUUUUAAUGCACGUUAACUCAAGGAGUAACUCCCACAAAGAAAAAAACAAAUAUACAAAUAAGUAACUAAAUUAAUGGUUUUGAAUAAGGCAAAGGUUAUAAAUAAAAUAGAACAACAAAUGGUUUGAUGAAAAAGACUGAAGUAAAUUUUACAUUAACGUUUCUUUGGCCUCCUCUUGAUGGGUUAGGUCAUUUAAGGGCUUUUCCAUUGUUCCUUGUUAAGAUCUAAAAAUGUCCUAAAACCAUAUCAUUGUAGGUGUUUCAAGCUUGACCAGUUUUAGUUGAGAGCUUUUUUUCGAACAACGUUGAUCUGGAUCCGAAGCAUAGAGAUCAUUCGCCUCAAAACUUUCAUAUAUAUAUAUAUAUAGAUAGAUAGAGAGAGAGAGAGAGAGAGAGAGAGUUAAUAAAUGGAAUGUGUUAACAAAUGCUUGAGUUGCAUUAAAGCAGUCGAGAACAAGGCCCCGCUCACCAGCCAAUUUCUCUUUGGUUUUAGAAAUCAUCAACAAAUCAGUGUCUUCUGCGGACUCAUAUUUGUGCAGUGCUGAUUAAAGCUGCAAUGAGCAUAGACCAGAGCUGAGCAAAAUAAUAUAAAGAGAAAAUUAAAUUUUACAAUAUAUUUCAACUUUUUUUAAAACGAAUAUUGUCUAAAAUAGUUAUUAGACCUGUUUUUUAAAGAGUAAAUUGAAUAAUACAUAGGCUUUGAUUGAUUGGUUGUUUAACAAAAACUAAGAGAAAUUGGCCGCUUGCGCCAGAACACCUUCGUGCUCAACAUUGGCAUAGACUAAUGAAUACGUAGACAACAGAAUGCUGGUUUUGUCUUUAUAUCCAGAUGGCCAGAAGGAAAAAACCAGCAAGUAGAGCUACUCGAAGUCGAAACCACAUUUAAUCGUUUUCCUAGAAUUGCACUGGUUUAAUAUUUUUAACAUUUUAGAUUCGAGUGACUUUAAUAUUUGCACUCAUACUCCUGAAAUGACAUCUGCUGAUUCGAAUUAUUUUCGAUAAGCCGUGGGAGCAUUCCGUUGUCUGUAUAUUCAUUCGUCUAUGCCAACACUGCUCAAAACCGUGUCCUAGCACAUGAGUCCAAAAAAAGAGAUUAUUUAAGAGAAAAAUAAUAAUGACAAAGUGAAUUAUUACAAAAAAAAUAUAAAUUAUGUCUUAACACGGAGUUUUUGAUGAUUUUAAUAAACUAGGAGAAAUUGGACUGCUGAGCGAGGGCUGAUUUUUAAGCAGCGCUACUCUCUUUCUCCCAUAAACACAGUGCAUAGACUCUACCAGCCCUGCUCAAAACCGUGUUCUAGAACAUGAGUCGAAAAAAACGAUAAUUUAACACAAAGUUAAAAUUCUGUUUAUCUUUCUAUUUUACUAUUCCAUUUAAUUGUUUUUGAACAUGAAUGAUUGCAAAAUAAUUUAUAAUGCAAAUGGAUAAAAAAUAUUUGUAUAAAUAACGGCUUAACUCUGUUUUGUUCUUGAUUUAAAUAAUCAAAGAGAAAUUUGACUGUAAAGAGAUAUUUUUUCUUGAGUAGCGCUGACUCUAUGCACUGGGUUUAUAUCAGAGAGUAGUAAAAAAAUGUUCUCAUUACUCUUCCUUUCAAAUUUUAAUAUGAGAGAGUGAGAAAUUAUUACUCAGAAAAUUGGUGGCGAUGGCAAUCGGUAAAUUUAUUUAUUUAAUGCAUAGAUGCUCAAGAAAAAUAUCUCUUUCCAUUCAAAUUUAUCUUUGCUUCUCAAGAACAAGAACAAAACAGUGUUAAGUCAUAAUUUAUACAAAUAUUUUUUAUUCAUUUGCUUUAUAAAUUAUUUUGGCAAACAUUUAUGUUAAAAAAAAAAAAAACAAUUAAAUGGAAUCGUAAAAUAUAAAGAAAAACAGAAUUUUAAUUUUCUAUAAAUUAUCUCUUUUUUUUCGGCUCAUGGUCUAGCUAGCCCGGCCCCGAACGUGGAAAAGCAACCCCCACAUAAACUCAGCAUUGAGACAGUUUUAUUUUGCCCACAAAAAUUUAAACACACAAUAUCUAUUACCUCCAAAAUAGCGUUGGGUUAGGGUUGCGUUUAAAUCUCUUAAUGGGUUAACAAAAUAUAAUCUCGCAAGAUGGCUGGUCUACAUUUCCUUCUUAAUCAAAAUUAAGAUAGCUUUUGCUUCAUGCUAUAUAUAAGAGAAUUUCAUUGAACCACCUCUAUUUCCUUAAUCAAUGUAUGUUGUAUUGGAAAAAGCUUUUGACUUACCAGCAAGCUUUUGAUAACAUUUGCUUUUAAUUCCCUGUCAUUCUAAAAAAAAAAAAAUUACUUGCGAUGACGUUUCAUUUCCACACUUCUUUGCAUCGUCUGUAAUGUUUAACUUUCAGUACCGAAUUAUUUGAGUUUACGUGCUUUCUAGAAUAUCUGUCUGAGAGAAACCAAAACUUCGUAAAAUUAUGCUUUGACUUCUUUAUACUCAAUACAUGUUGUACAAUUUAAAAAAACGAAAAAUACUAGUCAAAUUUUUUCUUUAAUUUUUAAAAUAAAUUAUAUAAUACGCUAAUUUUUCCUUUUUCUUUUUGUGAAAAUGCACACAUUACGAAAAUAUUUAAUAAAAAUACCAAGAACAAAAACAACAACAACAAGAAAAAUCUUUGUUACUUAGUAAAGUAUAAAAUGCUCUUUUUAGACAAUUCAAAUACGCAAAGCAAAAGAGAUAGCGAAAUAACUCCAUAUUCAUCCCAUAUGAAAAAUACAAUACACAUGAGUAGAGCUAUAAAAGUAAAAGAGGACAAGCAAAAAAAGACGGGAAACCAAAUAAACCUCCUUCCUAAAUAAAAACAAAAACCAAGCCACCCAAUUAACUUAAAUGCGAAAUAAAUAUGGAAAACUUUAUACUAAAACAAAUUCUAGUAGACCUCCUUAUAAUGAAAUGUCUUUAAAAAACUACAACAAUAACAACAAUACUAAAAUCGAGACACAAAUGCAAACCGAAACAAAAAUUCUCAAAAACCGCGCACAUUGUGUAGAGCAAAUUAAAUUUAUUAUUAAAUUAUUAUUACUUAAUUAAUUAAUUAUAUUACAUUUAAUUAUAACUUAAAUACAACAAAAUAUAUAUUUUAAUUGUCUAUGUUUAUUUACAUUUAACUCUCUUUCUCUUAAAAAAAAAUAAAAAUAAAUAAAUAAAAUAAAAUCAUUAUGACAAACAAAAACUUAGUAAACAUAGUUUUAAUUUUUUUUCAAGUUAUUUAUUUAAUUGAAGGAAAACCACAAUUUAUUCUACUUACAAAUGAAAACAACAAGCAUACACUUAAAAACAACAACAAGAAAAAUAUAAUUAAUUAACCAUAAACUUUAUUAUAUCAAUGUUUAAUUAUUCUUCAAAAACAAUACUGAAAGAAAGGAAGUAAUAAUAAAUAAACCAAAAAAACCAAAGCAAGAAUGGAAAAAUCCAAAAACAAUUUUAAUAUAACAACAACAAAAAACCAAGAGAAAAACAAAACAAAAAACCUAAAAAAAAUCACAAAAAUAUAUUUGUAUGUGUGUAGAAUUCUCUUUUUUAAUUAGCCAUACAUAUGUAUGUUUAUGUUUAACCGUUUAAUUGUCGCAUUACUUAAUUAAUUAACUACUUAUACUAAUUUAUUGUCAAAUUCAUAUAGCAACAACAACAACAAAAUAUAUUUCUUUUAUUAAAAACAAUUUAUCCAUACAAAACAAAAAACCAAGCUAACAAACAAUUCUAUUAUUAUAUAUAUUGAACAAAAAAAAACAUACAUACUUAUAUAUAAAGAGAAACCUAAACAAAAAACAAAACUCAAAACUUAACAAAAGUUUUAUUUAAUCGCAACUUAUUUAAGGGAGGUGCUGGCAAUUGGCAGGGGCGUAGCAUGCAGGGCAUACAGGGUAUUGAGAAAUAAUUCAAAUUAUUUUUAAAAGAAAUCUAAAAGACUGUCAUCACAUCAAAAUAAAAUAAAGAAAAAAAACAUUUCAUUCACCUAAGACUAGUUUGGUGCUACAGAGCUUAUCAUAGAGAGAGAGAGAGUAAUAGUAAACAACAACACCACCUUUUCAAAAAAGAAGAUAAGAAGAUCUCACAACGCUGGAGAUGUGAAAUGGUUAAAAAGGGCCAGAGGUUGUAAUUGUUUGUUUGUUGAUUAUACAAAAGUCUACGGGAAUUUCAAAAGAGUUUUGAUGCAAUUUAUCUAUGGCUCCAUCUGUUAUUGAAUUCCCAAAUGAAAGAAGAAAACGAGCGCAAAUUUUCUGUAAAUCUCAAUUCAUAUAUUCACCCAUUACAUUUGGAGUGAGAAAAAGUUGUCAAUAGCGUAUCUACAUCCAAAAUGAAAUAAAUUAUGGGUUUGGAAGACAUGGUUCUUCCUUCCAUAUAAAUCCAAAGGCAAUUAAUCUAGAAAGAGUCUGAAAACAAGCAGGAAAGAGUAGUUUUUGUGGAACGAAGGCCUUAUUCUUAAAAACUGACUAUUAUUUAAAGUAAACUUUUCACGUUUGAAUUGGAACCAAGAACCAACCAAUUGACUAUAAAAUCAUUGCCAAAUCGGCCUUAAAAUCGCCUUUCGAGAGUUUUUCAUCGACUAAAAGGCGAUAUAGAUUGACAAACUAUAAAUUGCCUUGCAAAAUCAUGAACAUAAGGAUCAAUGCUAAAAGUCUAACCAAGCUCUACCCAAAUAGAACAAUACAUACUUUUAGGCUUCGCCGGCAAUAGUUCUGUAGCAGAACGCACUAGAAUCUGCCCCAAUUUUUUCUAUGGAUUUAGCACAUAUGACUUUUACAAGAUGGCAAUAAUAUUUUGACAUUUUCACCAUCUUUCUGUACUUUCUUGUGUUAUAUUGUAUAUUAUUGUAUAUUACUUUCUUGUGUUAUAUUGUCACAUCGCUUAAUGACAUACCGCGUUUGAAGCGUCAGUCCAAGCAGAUUUUUACCAUGAAUCAAUACACGCCACGCGAGCGCUCUGAAAUAGUUGAAAUUUACAUUCAACAGAAGAAGUCAAUUGUGAAAACUCAACGUGCUUUUAAAACAUUAAAAAAUGUGAGAAGUGCGCCUUCUAAGAACACCAUUAAGCGUUUAUACGAAAAAUGUUCGACAGGUAAGGCUCUUUCUAAUCCGAAGAGGCCAUAUAAAAGUCGACCAAGACGAUCGGCCGAGAAUAACGCUGCCGUACGAGACAGUGUUGAGAGGUCCCCAAGAACAUCCCAAAAACGCCGUUCUUAGCAGUUGGGCAUGGCUCGGUCCACUUUACAACGGAUUAUUCGCAUUGAUUUGCAUUUGUUCCCUGCGGACAAGCCUCGUCGAUUGGAAUGCGCCCAAAGAGUCAUCGAAAUGGCAAAAAAAAAAAAAACAUGGGUCCGUCGAAUAUGGGCAACCCUGUAUAUUAUUUUUAAGGUACUUCCAUUUGGUAAAAUCGUUGCAUACAAACACGACCUACAUAUGCGUACAUACAAAGACCUAAAAUGGUAGAGCCUAGACAAAAUGCUUUUUGAACAAAUGGAUUGUGUCUACAAUAAAAAACUGCAACAAAGUCAAACGCCAUAAUUUUUUCUCUUUUUUUUUAAUUUUAUUGAAUGAAAGCGAAAAGUGUCGGAAAUAGCAUCAAAUUAUAGAAUAAGUUUAGAUUUGUUCGAAUUGGUCACCUUUGGCACGAAUUAUGACCUUCAAACAGACAAAAGAAACCGUCACACGCUGCCCGAAUGUCGCUCUGCGGUAUUUUGACUCAUUCCCGGCGAAGCGCUUGUUUGAGGUGAUCGACACUUUGGUAUUUUUUAGUGCCAACUUCAAAAAUACUUCAAACUCAAUAGUCCAACGGAUUGGUAUUCGGAGAUUUUGAUGGCCAUCGUGCGCUGUAAAUGAAGCGAGGAACCUCAUUUUGUAACCAUUCUUGGGUGGCGUGCUGAGUGUGAUGGUGCUGAGUCCUCUUGGAAUGUCCAAGGUCUGCGGCCAAAAUGUUUGCGUGCCCAAGGCUUUAAUACACCCCUGCUUUCCAAAAUACUCCAGACACAAUAGUCUAACAGAUUGGUAUACGGAGAUUUUUGUGUCAAUUGUGCUCUGGAAAUGUAGCGAGGAACCGCAAUUUGUAACAAUUUUUGGGUGGCGCGUGCUGAGUGCGAUGGUGCUGAGUCCUGUUGGAAUGUCCAAAGUCUGCGGCCAAAAUGUUUGCUUGCCCAAGGCUUUAAUACACCCUCCAGAGUUUUUUCGCUAUAAUAUUCGGCAUUUAUUCUGAUGCCACUGACGAUUAAUACGAAACAUCACCAUGGCCGGCGAUUGAGUUCUGGUGGCCAACCGAAGGUGCACAUUUCAGCUGACCUCUUUGGAAGUAAACACGAUCAUUUUGGUUGUUUACAAACUGCUGGACAACGAAUGUUUUCUCAUCGGAGAAAACUAAAUUCGGCAGUUCACCACUUUCGGCCAAGCGAAGCAACUCUUUAGCUCUUUUGAGUCUAUUUUCUUUCUGUUGCGGUGUAUGUUCUUGCACUUUUUGGAAUUUCAAUGGCCUUAUCCCGAGCUCAUUGCGAUAUGUUCAGCUCACGAGCCAUUUUUCGGCCACUGCGACGCGGGUUUCAAUCAAGUCGCUUCUUUACUUUUCGAACCGUUUCUGCUGAUGUUGCUGUUUUCUUCCGUCCACUUCCUUGACUUCGCGCUACGCUAUCAGUAUCACGGUAACGAGCGAUGGUAUGAGUCAUAAAAGAUUUAUUCAUAUUUAAAUGCUGGAGUGCUCUAACGAUAACCACUUGUGGCUUUCAGCCAAAUAAGGAAAAUUUCACAGUUAUCAGGAAAUAUAAUUGAAUGUUCGAAAAUAUCAGCUGAUGUUAUUUAUUUCCUUAAUUUGGUAAUAGCAAAUCAAUGUGAAUGGGAAUUUUCACGAAAUGUUAUUUUGUGAAUGGGAAUUCGCAUGAUAGAACUCCCAUUUAUAGGAGUGAUUAUGCAAAAAGUUAUCUAACGCAAAACUGUGUGGUACAAGGUAAGCAUCCGAGAUAAACACAGUAUAAUUUUAGCUUCGUAACCGCUGAAAUAUCUGCAAGCUCAGCCGUAGAAUUUAUAAUUGGGCGCCAUUCAUACCUAAAGAUCAGAAUUAUAAUUCUUUGUAUUCCUCAUCAUUUAACCAAAAAAUCGUUUGAAUAUUCUGAAAUGUGCAUCGGUUAAUAAUGUCACAGGAUUGGAAAUCAAUUUCAAUUAUUCAAAUUUCAGCCCCGCCCCAGUUUCAACGGAAGCUGCCAAGUCGAAUUAGAAGAGUUUCUAUUUUAUAGUUGUAUUGUCAUCAACAUUUUUCCGGAGAUUUCCAAUCCUCUAAUCGUGAAUACUUAUAAAAGAUUUAAAUAAUGUUCUCAACUACUAGUCUAUCGAAAAAUUAAAUUAAGGAAAAUUAGCAAAUAAGAACCGUUGAAGAUCCAAAAAGGCACAGAAAAUGUUCAAUUGAGUUCGAAGGUUUACAUAAAAGUCCUUCCCUAAAAUGUCAUGGGCAAAUAAAUUUCCCCAGCCUUUAUAGGUAUUUCUAAUUGCGGAACUUUUUAAUUUGGCAUCGCCAGUAGUUUAAUGUUUAAAUAAUAACUACAAUUGCUUAACUAACUUAACUGAUUGUAUUGCCACAAAACUCUACACGAUUCUCACAAAUAAUAGUAAAGCAGGAUAUAUUUCUAUUAUAAUUAACCGGUGAAAAAUGUCUACUAAGUUCCCACUAAAACUUCGGUGAUGGUCUAACUUUUGAAUAUUCUUUUGGAAAUAAUUAACAAUUAAAAAAAAAAUUCUAUAUAAAAAAACAACUUCUAACCUCCACAGUAGUGGUAAACAAGUUAGGAAAGUAUCAGGUAAGAGUAAUUAAGUAUUACAAAACUAUAUUCCAAAAUGACCCUCUAGACUAGAGUACACAAAAACAUAUUUUUUUUAAUAAACUAUAACUACGAUAAUUUUCAAAAUAUACUAUUUUUACAACUAAAGUAUAUAUAUCAAAUUGCAAUUUUAAAAAUAUUGUGAGAGCAAUUCGCAUUGCCAACUUCAUAUUCGUUAGACCACAUGAUCAUAGACAGUGUAGCCAUAUGCUGCAAAUUGUAGGACUUAACCAUAACAGGUCAAGCUUUAAUCGUGAAAGUACAACACUGUUGUCACUUGUAUGUGGUAGCAGCAGUAUUGUAUUUCGUUCAGUCAAAAAUGGCAACAGUGUUGCAUUUGCCCGCCGAAGUCACGAUUUAAGCGUUGUUCAGUUUCACCCUAGAGAGUUAUGUUAACUUCAUUGACUACUUGAACGAUUUAAUGUCAAAGAAAAUAAUGUAUUUUCGCAAUAUUUAGAUCUGAUCAUUUGAUCAGCUGCCAAAUUAUAUUAUUGUAAUUAAAAUCUCAUCUCUCAGAUGAUAAACAACCAUUUACUCUAAUUCGGAGAACACCUCAUCGUUGCGUCUUAAGCCACGACAACCUAUGGCCUUAUGAUCCUCCCUCUCUAGAUUUUUGAGAUUUGAAACAUCAUUCUUCUGGAAUAAAAACGACAUCAAAUUCAAUAUCCCUUAUGUGCGACAUGUUACCUAGUCUAUCUUCCCCGAAACCCCAACCUCUCCUAUAUAUACAUACUUAUAAACAUAACAACAAACAAAUUUAUACACAACAUUUUCCAACACCAACAAAGUAUGCAAAAGUUGCAAAAGUCCAUUUUUAAGGAUUUAUGGAAAUACCAAAAAAAGAAUGGCGCUAAAAUAAUAGAAGACAUAAAGAUAUAUAGUGAAUGUCAUAACAUAACACAAAAAUAUAUAUAAUAAUUAUACAUUUAUAAAUAAUUUAAUUAUGAAGAUAUUUUUUUUUUGCAAUUACAUCAAUUCUAUUUAAAUGAAAUGCAACAGCAACAAAUAUUAUUAUCAAUUAAAUAAUUAAAUUAAAUUAUAUUAUUAUUCUCAUUAUUAUGAUUAUACAUUCUCCUUAUUAUGGUGAUGAUUACAAUUAAUUAUUAUUCUAUAGAAUAUUAAACAGUAAAUGUGUGUAACAAAAAUUUAUUUUAAAUUUAUGCAAAUUAACAUUGUCAGCAACAAAUUGAAACAUAAAGAAACUACAACAGAGAAAUCUUAACUAAACAGAUGAAGAAAAAACUCGCAUUUUAUUGUUUCAGAAGAGAACAGAAUAGAAACGAAAACAAAACCAAAAAC